GGAAAGCGUCGUUUAUGCGAGUACGCCACUAGAUGAUUUUAUGAAAGAGCAGGGCAUAGAACAUGAAUCUAUAGUCGAGGAUACAAAUGUAAAUACUGAGGAAUCAUCUGAUAUUAUAUCUCUCCCAGGUAGCUGGGAAAUAAGCAGCUUUAAUAUACAAUUCCUCUUUGUCUCCUCUCAUUUGCUCUCUAAUGACCCAGUCAAUAUCCCGUAUCCGGAGAAUUACCUCAGGUGGCACUAUAUACAGUUAUUUAUAAUCACAUUCACGUUGGCUACUGAUAGGAUUCUCACUCUCAUCGUUAUACUAGUUGUAUCUUCCAUUGGAACACUCGUAAAGUCGAGCAAGAAGGCAGAAUCAUUGAGUUAUCUAGCAAUUAUACACGAUCUGUUUGUUGACAAUGACAAAAUCAACUACACGAUUCUCUCGCAAGUGGGUGUGAGCAUUGGGUGUAAAACGCGUCUAUAUGAUUGUCUCAUUGAUUUACAAGGGAUGUACAUGAGUAUGAGCGAUACACUCGGCAAGCUUAGUGAAGACCAAGAACUCAAGGCCUUGAAAGCAAUGUAUGCACGCCAUGAAGAUGGUAAAGACCGUCGAAGUCAUACUUCGCAAGUAUUCCCAGGAAACGAAAGGAAAUUGGAUCUAGAAAUAGAACUUGAGACGCCACGUACGUCACCCACUAUCACUUACAUUCAGUCCCCCGUGAAUAAGGCUUUCAACAUAGGAAGGGAUGACACUAAUCGUAGGGCAUCUCGUCAAAGAGCGAAAUCACAUGCACAUCCACCACCAUUGAGACCACCACAAAGUGUUCGUCAAAGAGCCGUUUCACAACAACACCUGCGUGUGGAUUCUGAGAGGAAUCCUCCCCUUUUGAUGUCCAAUAGCUUUGGUACACCUAUUGGACAUAUAUCACCGGCACCAUCAAGAAAGAGCAGCUUGGUAGAUAAACAGCAGUUUGUGAAGCCAAUUGAGGAACCAUUCGAAGAACACUCCUCGCCAGAACAGACCGUCAAACCAUCAGAUAUCACACCUACAAAACCCCAACCGGUGCUUUCCAAAACACGUCUUUGGGAACUUCGUCAGAAUCUACACCAAGAGCGCAAAGAACUUGUUUGUGCAAUCAUUGCCUUACAAUAUACCAAAAUUGCGGAUGAUUAUUGGCGGAAAGUACGCGAUUUAACUCGCGAUUUCGCAACUAAUUUACGAAAUUUGAACGGUAGGAUGCAGGAAGGUCUUGAUAUACUUGAUGAGCCCCGAGAAGUAGACACAGAUGACAAGAAGGGAAAACUUACUUUGGAUACCUUGCGGAAUCUCGAAAAAGCACACGAUGUUCUCUUCGAAUGCUACACCAGGAGGCAGUACGAGGGCUAUUAUGCUGCACACACGCAUCUCAGUCAGGCUCUCAAAAGCUACGCCAAGGGCAUAGACGAGGGCGUCUCUUGUGCUUCUCGCGCGUCGAAGAAACCAAACCGAGGUGGAUUAGAGCUGCAUCUUCGCAAUACUCACGAGGAAGAAGAUAUCGCGGAUAACUCGCAUACCGAUAAAGAGCAUUUUGGAGAUGAAGGUACGAACGACCAAGAUGACGUUACGGAAUACCUCCUUAAUCAGACUAAUGCGGGUUCUUUACCCAAACGCGGUGGUGACGAGGUUGUAUUCGAUGGCGAAAAUGUCGAGAAUCUUGCUAUCAUCGAUGAAACGGUCGAUGAUAACUUCUUACCCCCUGAUCAGCCAGAUAGAGCAUCGAAGCGGGCUGGUAAAGAAGUGUUGGAUGAAUUGAUGGGCAUCCUUGGUGUCGAGAGAAAGAAACCAGCAAGUGAGACUAUAUAUAAUGAACAACUCAAUCAUGAGGAAACCCAAGAUAACGAUAACACCAAUGAUGAUGACAAUAAUAUAGAAGAACCCCCAGCUAAUCCUAACGCAGCUAGAGAGGCAGCUCAACGAGCAGUUACUAGUUUUGUAUUUUAGUGCAUGUAAUUUUACAGGUAUAAUAGUACAAUUAUCUGAUCAGACGGAGGUAUGCUAAGAGGAGAGCACCACCACCGGUGAGUAUACCAAUGAUGUACUGCAAGAGCGCCAUCUUUGAGGACUCCAUUUGAGUGCGCACUGCGGCAACUUCACUCUCCAUUCUAGCUGCUACUUCCUUCAAUUUGAGUUCCUGCACGCUAGAUUCAUCCCUAAUACGACCUUUUUCGAGAUUAAGAUCAAGACGUACACCCGCUUGAGUGCGUGUUAUCUCCUCUCGCAAACGUUGUUUGAGCUUUUCUACGUCACCCAUCAAACGCUCAUUCUCGGCUUUUAGAGACGUCAAGUCGCUUUUCUCGUGUAAUUGAAUCUCAGAUUUGAGUGCUGCGAAAAACCUUCUGAGUGUAAUGAUUCCUGUCAUGUUCUGCACGACUAACCAUAUCGGCAGCC